AUGGCUCCUGUUUUUAUUCUAGGCAAAGACAUCAAAUUGUCUACUUACAGAAAAGCUAUCAGGCUACGGUUGAUUCGUACCUAUACGGUACCCGAAGGUCGCAACAGUUCGGAUAGCAUCAAGAGUCAGGAAUGUGUCUUUCAUGAUUCUGAGGGUACAUACAUUCAUGGAAACAUCCCUAAAGAGUGUGUUAAAAAGUAUUCUAAACUUUUGAAAGAAGGGAAGGUUUAUGCCAUCAAAGAUUUUGCAGUUAUAUCACACUACUACCAAUACAAAACUACUGAUCAUAGCUAUAUGAUCAGAUUUAGUCAUGAGACUACUGUUGAGAGGCACAGGCGCAAGGGGUUUCCCUUACUAAUGUUUCGGCUUAAGUCUUAUAUUGACUUAAUGAGUGGCAAUGUAUCUGAAAAGCAUCCCAUUGAUGUGAUUGGUAGAGUGGUGGAGUACUACACUCCCAAAGAGAUUCUUAUAGCUGGAUUUCCCUCCAAAUUGGUGGAUUUUCUCAUAGAAGAUGACCAAUAA